AUGAGUUUUUUUACAUCCCUGCAAAAUUAUGUGACAAAUGGCGUGGCGGGUUUGGGAUUAAGUCCGCGAAGGAUUUCCCUCCCGAGACAAGGUUCGCAGGAAGCGUCGCAGCAACAGUUGAUAAAUGCAGCACCGGGAGUGCCAAAUGUGCAGAUCGGAGGCGAAACAGUGUCUGGACAAAAGCCGAUCAGUAGUACGCCGGUUCAUGGUUUUCCCAAAGUUUUGCCAUCACCGAAUGCAACAAUCCCCCUGCAAACAUCGCCAUCGACACUUCCAACGCCUCAAGGCUCCAUUCGACGUCCAUCAACGCGAAACUUGGAUGGUCUUGCACCGCCUCGUCAAGGCUCCUUUCGACAACGGAAUUCGCCUGUGAACCCAAAUCCACCCGAACGAGGCCCGUUUUUCUACAAACGACGACAAUCAUGGCCCGAAGUCGACAUGAAAUCGACACCAAGCGUGCAAGAAAGCGAUGGCAGCUAUUUCGAGUCAUUCACGGCACUUUCGUGGAAACGGGAGAAUCGACGAAUGUCGGCAAUUCGCGCGGCAGAAGCUCGUGCGGAAAUUGUCCCUGAAAACGAAAAGGAACCGCCUGGGCAGGGAGUGCACGUGAACGAGGACGAUGCCUUCGACAAUCCCGAACAACGGGAUCAACUUUACAUGGAUGUCUUGCACACGAUCACGAACACUGUGGGGGCGCCUGCUCCCGGAGGACAGUUUGCACAUUACAAAGAGGAGAUGUUUCUGCAGGCGCAACGAGCAUUUAGCGUGUCAGCUGAUCGGCAUUAUCGGCUGUUGCACAUGGCAGCGGAGGAAAAACCAAAGAUUAUUGUGUUGUCUGUCGUGGUGCAGGAAGCCGAUGGAUUAGAAGCGAAGGAUGCCAAUGGAUUUAGCGAUCCGUAUUGCAUGUUGGGAAUACAACCAGCGGGAGGUCCAUCGUCUCCGUUGCCGCCUCCGAUGACGCCGCGAACGCUUUCCGAUGCUGGAAUGGAUACGCUGUGUCUCGAUUCGCCUGAACAUCAGGGAAAAUUGCGGAAACAUCACAGCUUUCGACUGAGUUUCAAGCGAAAAGAUGGCGGAAGACGCGAACAUCGCGAUAGUGUCGGACCUGUGCCGGCGAAAUUUAUCAAGGCGACAAGUGUGAGACCGCACACGCUGACACCGAAGUGGAAUGAGAAGUUUAAGUUUGACAUUGACGACAUUAACACGGAUAUUCUGCAUUUGGAUAUUUGGGACCACGAUGAUGAAAGUUCCGUAAUGGAUGCCGUGUCGCGCUUGAAUGAAGUUCGUGGCGUACGUGGUUUAGGUAGAUUUUUUAAACAGGUUUGUCAGAGCGCGAGACAAGGAUCGCAAGAUGACUUCUUAGGUUGUGUUAACAUUCCUCUUUGUGAUAUUCCCUCGACCGGCUUAGAAGGUUGGUUCAAACUCGAAGCCCGUAGCUCCCGCAGCACCGUUCAAGGUCGCAUCCGCUUAAAACUCUGGCUCUCAACACGCGAAGAUCACGGCUUCUCCGAAGAGGAAAAUUGCGCGGGAGUCCGCAAAUUCGAGCAUCUCAACAUGGUUUUCAUGUCGCACGAGCUGAUGACGCACGAACCAACAUGGACAUGGAACGGCGACAUUCCGGGUCCUGCACUCACGAUUCUCCAUCAAAUGGCAGUUCAAAGCGACUUGACGGAUCUCCAAUGUGCUCUGGCGAAAUUCGUCGCCGCUGCUCGAAUUAAUAAACGCACGCCACUCGAUCCGAAGUUCAUUCAUCGACUUCUCAUCGACGUGGAUCGACAAUGGGCGCACAACACGGAACCCCUAAGUCGCGAUCUCGAACAAUGGCUGGCGGAUCAAAUGAACGGAUAUGUCGACAAAAGUUUGAAUCAAAUUCGGCGACAUCGAGAGAUUUUUCCGGCUUUGCAUCCGCCAUCGUUGGUGCGAUUGGAAUUUUUGCUGCGAAGUUUGGGGCUUUUGGGAUCAAUGAGAGCUUUUAGACAAGUUUGUCCGUUCAGUAAGGGAGUGAGAGGCGAAAUUGUUGGAUAUUUGAGGAAAGGAUCGAUACAAUGGGCACAAUUACAGCUAAGAGAGGCACAACGAUCGCCGAAUCCCGUGGUGCAGUAUACGACAACGCUUGUGGCGGAUUUGCAGCUUGGAUUGACGUAUUAUCACUCACUUUUUGACAACACCAACGGCAUCCAAUAUUUCAGCAUAAUUUACAAACAAUUCGACAGCAUGCUCGCCGAAGAGGUCUACAGUCGCAUCGAAACAGGUCAAAUCCCUGGGUUGUACAUCAACAAUCACUGGACCGUACUCGAAGGAGAUCGUGAAGUCCCCGAUACGCGUCCUUUUGAAAUCUUCCUCGCGCUACAGGAAUUCUCCAACUACAAACAGCAUCUCUCCGUGCAACCUCAACCGCCAGAAAAACCACUCGGGCUGCAAAACUACCACGAAUGGUUCGAAAGUAUCUUGCAUCGAUGGCUCACGGUAUCCAAACAAAAGGCCUAUCAACGCGUGAAAUCAGCAAUUGCCAAUGACAAAAUUGUCGAAGGCGAAAAAAUUCCCCGCCACUCAACAUCGUCCAUCGACUCUGCCUCGUGUUUCUACCAGUUGCGCGAAUUUUGGCGUUUACUCGCGUGGCCCGAUCCGCAAGUCGUCGCAAACAUCGAGGCGCAAAUAAUUGACGUUGUGUGUCAAGCGGCGAUCCAAUAUGCGGAUUUGCUGCAUCAAAACCUCAUGGAUAGCGGAUAUUUCGAUCAGCAGGGCCCGUUCAGGACUUCCGACGACAUGUGUGUCAGUGUGAAUAAUUUGGAGUACGUGAGACGAGCUCUGGUCGAAUUUCGUCCCGAUAACACGAAUUUGCCGACGGGAGCGGAAAAUUUACUCGAAUCGACGUUAUUGCAGCUCGAACAACGCGCCGAACGCGUUUUAAGCAAAGUAAAUUUGUCGAUGCAGGCGCCCUUGCACAAAGCAGUUUUUCAUCUUGCUUGGUCUCCGGAUUCGUUGCCAGCGAAUCAAGCGAUAAUUCCGUUGUUGGAGUACUUGGAUGUCCAUUUGAGUGCGUUGAAUACAGCGUUGUUGCCGAAAAACUUCACCCGAGCGUUGCAAUUGAUCUGGAUCGCAGUUUUGAAUGAACUUGCCUUCCAAAUGGACACGGGAAAUGACAGCGAACGACCAACGAACUUCCAUGAAAGACUUUACGAGGCGCUUCAUUUGCUCGUGGACUUUUUCAAUGCUGAAGGGCACGGGCUGCCGAACGAAGUUUUGCGAUGCGAAAGUUAUUGGCGCGUCGAACAACGAUUGCAGUACCAUAAAACGGACACGGAACGGCUAAUUGACCUUUUUUACAUUCAACGAUUGCAGGAACAAUGUUCGUUGGGAGCGCCAAGCGGAUACGGGUUGUUGGCAGUUCGAGCGUAUUUUAAUCAUGACUCGCUUUGUGUGGAGAUUUUGCAUGCGAGAGACGUCAUUCCGCUGGAUCCGAAUGGAUUUAGUGAUCCGUUUGUGAUAAUUGAGUUGCUGCCAAAGAGGUUGUUUUCGCAUUGUAGUGACCAGCAAACGAAUGUUCAGAAGAAAACAUUACAUCCAAUUUUCGACGAAUGCUUUGAAUUUUCCGUCACCCUCGAGCAAUGUCAACACGAAGCAGCGAUGAUCGCCUUCACCGUAAUGGACCAUGACGUUCUCACAGCCAACGAUUUUGCUGGCGAAGCCUUUUUAGGUCUCAAUAACAUCCCAGGAGUUGCGGAUUACUCAACGAGCGUCGAAAAUUUCCACGGUUUGAAACAAAUUGACUUGCCAUUAAUGCAUCAAAAGGACAAAUUUCAUCCAAUUCUGCAAAUUCUCGAAUCCCGUAUCAACGACAAACAAGCGAUGGAUUUCGUACGCAAGCAAAAGGCACGAAUGACAUCCUAAAAUGUGUCAAACCACAUGGAACAAUGAAAAAUUAUCUUUUAAUCGUUCUCCCGUACCUCUCCCUCAAUGCAAAACACGAAGAUAGUCAUCAUAUGGAGCGAAAUUAAACUGGAAUUGAAUAGAAUAGGAAAAUAAUGACUUAAUUAUUACUUUGUUCAAAAUCAGAUUCAAAAAGUUCACUUCUGGCAUGACAAUGUUAGUUACCAGACGAUUUUUUUUUUGUGCAAUGCUUUUGUUCGAAAUGAAUGUAAUUGGAGUUGGUUUGUGUGAGAAAACCACAAAUUUCCAUCUAUUUGUGCAAAGAAGACUUACGUGAUGUACGACGAGACAAAACCACAAUGGAUAAGGUUCUAUUGGGCAAAAUUUUGUCUUUUGAAUGAUUAAAGGAUGGUUUUGCGAGAAAAUUAGACAACUUUUCGUCCUUUUUCACCUCAAUUUAAUUUUUUAGAAGAAAUAUUCACGUUUCUAACGAAAAAAA